AAGACCGGGCGCUCCCCCUUCCCCUGUCUCCCGGGUCUCAAGAGGAGCCCAGGAAGGAGGCUCGGCUAGUGCGGCCGGGCCGGGGGCUGCCGGGACCGGGCUGCGGCAGUCGUUAGCGGGUCAUGUCGGCCGCCCAGGGCUGGGACAGGAACCGCCGGAGGGGAGGAGGAGCCGCGGGAAGUAGUGGUGGCGGCGGAGGUAGCGGGGCCGGCGGGGGCAGUGGGGGCAGCGGGGGUCGGGGGACUGGCCAGCUGAACCGCUUCGUGCAACUCUCCGGACGGCCGCACCUGCCAGGUAAGAAGAAAAUACGAUGGGACCCAGUUAGGAGGCGCUUCAUUCAGUCCUGUCCCAUCAUAAGGAUCCCUAACAGGUUUUUGAGAGGCCACAGACCACCACCAGCACGAAGCGGACACCGCUGUGUGGCAGACAACACCAAUCUGUACGUGUUUGGAGGUUACAACCCAGAUUACGAUGAGUCAGGAGGGCCCGAUAAUGAAGACUAUCCGCUCUUCAGGGAGCUCUGGCGGUAUCAUUUUGCUACAGGAGUAUGGCACCAGAUGGGCACAGAUGGGUACAUGCCCCGGGAAUUGGCAUCCAUGUCACUCGUGCUGCACGGAAACAACCUGUUAGUGUUCGGGGGCACAGGCAUCCCAUUUGGCGAGAGCAACGGCAACGACGUGCACGUCUGCAACGUGAAGUACAAGAGGUGGGCCCUGCUCAGCUGCCGUGGGAAGAAGCCCAGUCGCAUAUAUGGACAGGCCAUGGCGAUCAUCAAUGGCUCCCUUUACGUCUUCGGAGGGACAACUGGCUAUAUUUACAGCACAGACCUGCACAAAUUGGAUCUUAAUACCAGAGAGUGGACACAACUGAAACCAAACAACCUCUCCUGUGAUCUGCCAGAAGAGAGAUACAGACAUGAAAUUGCACAUGAUGGGCAGAGGAUCUACAUCUUGGGAGGUGGUACUUCCUGGACAGCUUAUUCCUUAAACAAGAUCCAUGCAUACAACCUUGAAACAAAUGCCUGGGAGGAAAUUGCAACAAAACCCCAUGAAAAAAUAGGUUUCCCUGCAGCCCGAAGAUGUCACAGUUGUGUUCAAAUAAAAAAUGAUGUGUUUAUUUGUGGGGGCUACAAUGGAGAAGUGAUCCUGGGAGAUAUCUGGAAAUUGAAUCUGCAGACUUUUCAGUGGGUGAAGCUCCCAGCUACCAUGCCAGAGCCGGUUUAUUUUCACUGCGCAGCUGUUACUCCGGCUGGCUGCAUGUACAUCCACGGAGGAGUGGUGAACAUCCAUGAGAACAAACGGACUGGCUCCCUGUUUAAGAUCUGGCUGGUGGUGCCCAGCCUGCUGGAACUGGCCUGGGAGAGGCUGCUCGCGGCCUUCCCUAACCUAGCCAGCCUCUCCCGAACACAGCUUCUGCACCUCGGACUCACACAGGGACUCAUCGAGCGCUUGAAAUGAGGAUUUCUGGACUGUUCAUUGAUACUGGAAAUGUUAAUUUAAAGAGACUCCUUUAUUUAUGGGCAGUGUAGAAUGUGCUACAAAGAGGAUUGGUUACCCUGAUCAAGGCCUUAUUCAGAAAUACAUCAGAUGCCUUUCGUACAUUGGUUUUAAGUUUAUGGAAUAUCACUUUCCCUCGUGCUUCUUUCUUUGCUUCUUUCCCUCCCACCCCAGUGCACAUACACAUACACACACUCACGUACUAUACUCCCUCUUCCUUGAAGGAGCCGAGGGAGAGUCUGAAAAUACCUAGUAAUGGUAUGAAUCAAGAUAAGAAUUUUUUAGAUGAACUUUCAACAUAUGACCUUGUCAGCCAGGCUGUAUAAAUUAAAGCAACAUCAUCAAUGAAAACAAAAAUAAAAUUAAAAAAUUUUAAAUCUUGCAACAGCAGCAAGAUGUUUGGGGGCUAGAACAAGAAGGCUAACCUUGAGAAUCUUGCGGGCCGUAUGUAAAGCUAGAUGUUUAACUUACUGUUUUCCAAGAUACGUCUGAGUAGCUGUUCUAGUGGUAGCUGUGGUUGACAUCUUGCUGCAGAGAUACCCAAACCUCAUUUUUGACUUUGGAGGGAAUUUAAGCAGCUCAGCAGCUCUUGAUUAGCGAUAUCUUUUCUCAUCCUUAUGGUGCCAGCAGUGCUGAGAGUUGAUAAUGGCUUUGUCAAAAAACUUAUGUGUGUGUCAUAGUUGUGCUGUUUGUUGUUGCUCUUAGAAAUUAUGACACCAAGCACGUUUCAAAUCAAGAAACUUAUGGUGGCCAAAGUUCUUUGUUUGCGCGGUUUUGAAAUUCUAUGCUUAUUUAUUAAUGGUUUCAAGUAUCUCUUUGACUUCUUACUUCUCCAUGGGGGAUUGCAGACCCAAAAUAUGUGGUACAAACUCUGUGGGACGUAAAUGUAAGCCCGUGAGAGGCCAGAGCAGAGCUGGGCAGUGGGGCUUCUACUCUGGGCUAUGGGCUUUGACUGUCACGCCGACCGUUUCCUUUCAGAACUUGUUUCUUUUCUAACUCUGGGCCAUGCACCUGCCAUUUUCUUAGGCGAUGGGUUGUAUCUCUAGAAAGCCAGUUGGCCCUUGAUUUUUCUCUUAGCUUAUUGCUUCCUUUUCUGUCUGCUUUAAUGUACACGGUGCUGUAAUUGUCUAGUAAAUGGAUCAAAGGUCUUAGGAGAAAAACCACAGGUCAUCCUUCCCAAAGAACUAAGCAUCAUUUUAAAAACUUGCACGAGGAAGGAAUGGAAUAGAGGAUCAUUCACUUUUUAGCGUGAAAUUCUAGUUCUGGUUUGUUUUGUGUUGACGUUUAAUUCUGAAGAAGAAAUGACCUAAAUUUUCCCUUGCUUUGCCAUCAGGCCGUGGGAGGAGUUCAGCAGGUCAGCGAGAGGUGAGCAUGCAGCGGGCCUCAGGUGCGUGGCAGGUGCUAAAGGCGUGCGGUGCUGAUCAUCCUGUUGCUAACCUCACAGCAGGAGACUCAGAUGGGAGCCAUGGGACGCAUUUUUCCUUUAAGUGCCUCUUUUUCACUUAGCUCUUAAAGUUUUUCUUUUUCCUUCAUCCCAGAAGGGAUAUCUUUAGCUCAUGUGUGGAUUUAAAAUCACCUUUGAGUCAUGGCUAAAAAGUUCCCAUCUAGUGUUCACUUCUGGGGUAGAGAAGAGUGUGGCUUCUAGACUUGAACUCCUAACUUGGAGGCCUUGUUAUAACAUCCCAUCCAUGUUGGGUUGAGUUCAUUGAGCCUGCAUUUGGCGAAGUCUUGCAGUAACCAUUCAUCUGUGAAUAUGGGUCCUUUAGUGGGGAAUGAGGGAUGUGGGGGCGAGGCAGGAAAAGGAAGAACUCCUCUAGAGGUCCCACCCCCAUCUUGCCACGCCCAGUCUGUUUGGCAUUUAACGCACCACCCACUGCUGGGCUUGUUCCAAUGAGGAGUUCUCUCCAGAUCGAGUCAGUCUGAGCAGCCCCGUGAGGUCUAAACAGGCUUUGUUGCACAGCUCCAGCCUGGUCUCUGGAACAGGUCUCUGGAAGUACGGCCAGAAUUAAACAAGUCAUGCUGUCUAGGGUGAUGAAAGGCUUUUUGUCAUGGAUUUACAUAGGGACCAAAGACUAGAAUGCCCAGCCUCCGUGCUCCUCCUUCCGUGGUUCUGGGGAUAUAAGUGGGUGCCCAGCUUUUCUACACCAUGGAGCUAGAAAGAAGGUCUGGUUCAAUCUACACUUGCCAGCAUCCUUUUUAAAGCCUUCUGAGGGCUGACUCCUUUGAGGUAGACUUUGGAGGCCUGACACCCAAGACCUUGUGUGUGACAUUUUCAUAAAAGUGUACAUCUUUGGUCUAAAGUGUCUUCUUUUAAUGCAACACUGGUGACAGUGAUGUAGUGUGACCGGCUCCGAGUGCUGUAGAACCACCCAUUGUGCACAUUGUCCUGGGUGCCAAACGAGACCGUGUGUGUGACGACUCAACCGUCGAUGUCUGGGGGUCGCUGGGCAUUUUAGUGUACCUAUAACCAGCUUUUAAAGUUGUCCUUUGACUCUGGACUCCUGGCACUGCUACUUGAUUUAGGAAGUUUGUGCCUGCUGCUUCUUUGCCUCGCCGAGGUGCUCCCAGCCAUCUGCUGCAGUCCUGUAACUUAAGUGCAAUAUAGAGAAACACAUGUGGGUAUAUGCAGAUUCUAUGUAGGGGAUGACUGGAACGCAGGUAGGCACUUUCUUGUAUCUGUCUUGGGGAAGCCAGCUCAUUACUUCAGAGUCAUACUGCACCCAGAACUUGAGAUGUGGUUGGCUGGCUUAAGCCAAUUCUUGGCAAAAGCUGGAUUUUCGAGUCUGCGUUUUCUUCCUCCCAUCCCUGGGUUCGUUAGCGUUGAGCCUUCCCGGUCUUCUCUGCGCUUUCUCGUGUUGGCGCAUCCGCCUGCAUUUCUUUGCCCAGGAAUAAGGAAGGUCCAUUUGUGAGAGUGUCCUAAAUGGAGAGUUAAAACCUAAUAUUUAAUACUGUCGGUUCUUCAGUGUAUAUAAUAAUUUAUCUGUGAAUGUCAUACUUUAAGUAAAGAAAAUCAUGCUUUCUUAAUUUAAUAAAGUGUUUUCCACAUCCUGGAAAAAUCUAUAAAACAAUAGAGAGUAGAUUGAGAUUUUAACUAUUCUUCAGGGGCCAAACCGAAAUCCUUCCAGUGAUAUGAUGUAAAACUUUGCGCUAAACUAUUCAUGCCUGUUACAUAGCUAGAUUUAAAAAUUUAUUAAACACAUUUCUAAGCAAAAGGUAUAUUAACAGUGACCUUCGGUUAUCCAGUGUAGCAAGUAUAAAGCACAGAUCAUUGAAGUCCAUAGAUAAUCAAUUUCAACUUUUCUAUCAAACAGUGAUUCAUAGUUUUCCCUUCCUACUCUUUUCCCAUAAGCACCUCCUUUUCAAUGGUUGGGGCUAAUGAGUAGUUAGAAAUGGAAAAGGGAGAAUCAUGGGAGGGGUUAGAAACCAGCAGACGUAUGAGCAGCCUGGUCAGCCGUAAAUGGCCAAUCUGCCGACAGCUGUUGAAUGCUGAAUGAGGACCCAUUGGUGGUAGUCCUGAGUUUAGAUGUUACUCUUCACUCCUCUGCUUUGGCAUGGCGUUCUGCCCUGAGUUCUAGACUGUCUGUCCUCUAACCCCAAAGAACCCUUAGCCCUUAUGGGAAGAAAAAGCAGUGUGUGACGUAGAGAAAAGCCCAUUAUUUAAACAUAUUACUUUGGCUCUCGACAUACUCAUUUCCCGUUGUUCUUGCAGGAGCCUGUUUUUCUCCUUGGAAAUACCUUUUCCAGCCAUAUCACUUGGCAUGAAGGAAAGGUUGAAUGAUCUCAAAGACUAUGUUGUUGUCUUAAUGCUGUAAAACCACUUUGCCUUUUGGUGGUCUUACAGAUGUAGAACAUGGUGCAGGUACCGACUGCCUACCUGUCAGCACUCUGAUGUAGCACAAAAAGCCAUUUUCCUUAUUCUUCGUUGUCUGGCACGGAGCUCCAGGAUGGAUGAGGGUUUAUGGUGUCGUGAUCAUAAGCUCCAAAACCUGUCCCCAUUAGCUUAAACUGGUUUGGUUUCCCAAACACCUCGGGGCACUGGGAGCGCUCACGGGGCCUGAGGCAGCUCGCAGGGUUCUACAGCCUCCGAGUGGUCGCCACCAGGCCACGCCCGGCAGCUGUGUUUCCCUUCUGAGGUCGUUCGAUUCGGUGGAGAGCAACUCCUUUUGUCUGGUGUCAUGAGAAGAAGUUCUGAGUUGUGCUUCAAAAGUGGUGCCAUCUUUUUAGUAUAAUUUGCAUAUUUUUUAUUUUUUUCACUUUUUAGAAGUCUCUUUUAAAGGCCCUGCUCAGUCAGUGUACAGGGUGAGCCAGAGGCAGUCGCGCCGCGCGUAGUCUUUGCUGUUGUACUAGUCGCACAUUUAGAAUACAAAGGGGGCAUCAGAAACACACGGGCCUGUAAAGCCACUUCCCUGUACGGAGUCUGAGCGGGGACAGCGCCAGGUAUCUCCCUGUCAAGGCACCUGCCAAGGAGGAUUUUUGGGAAGAACCUAGGUAAGAAGGGGAAACCUCUCUCACACGCCGUCUCGAAGGGCGGGCCUGGGCUCGGCUUCUUGUACAGGGUAUGCUUAGGCCACGCACGAUGCUUGCCUUACUGUAAAGCUAUUGCCACAGUCCUGUUAAAUAGUGUGGAAGUCCUUUUGCAGUUCGGUGUGCAUGCUGUAUGAUCAGGACAGCUUUUCCACCUUGCCUGGUUUCCUACGAGCCGGUAGGAAAUAUAGUGAAUUUACCCUAAAAUGUCCAAUCUGUAUUUAUGUACCUUGUCAGUGUUUUGCUGUUGGUUUUCUAAAACAAUCUGAUCAAUAAAUCUUAUCCAAAUGUA